GCAGCAAGUAGAAGGUGUAGAUUUUAAUAAUGGCAGACAGUGAAUUGCAGAAGAAGCCCACUUCAUUCCCCAAGUUGCUCACUGGUUUUACUUUAAAAGCAAUUUCUGAUAACUCUGAGUCAAUUAUGAGUCCGAAAUCCAUACUUGAUAGCAAGCCCUUCUCAACUUUCAAGAACCCUUUUUGGUCUGAAUCAAGCACACCUAGAACCCCAGAACCUGAAGCCAAACACAAACUUGGUUCCAAAGGGAUUGGUCUUGCCAUUGUUGAUUCUCUCAAAGAUGAUUGUUCUGAUCCCAACUUGUCAAAAACUGUCCUUUUUGGUUCACAACUUAGGGUCCAAAUCCCAUCUUUCCCUCAUGUUCUUUCUCCAUCUGAAUCUCCAACAACUACUGAUCUUAGCAUCAAGGCAAGAACAUCCCAGUUGAGUUCCUUCUCUUCUGUCUUCAUAGGUAAUAGUCUCUCAGCUUCUGAAAUGGAAUUCUCAGAAGAUUACACUUGUGUAAUAACUCAUGGAACCAAUCCUAGAACCACACAUAUCUUUGAUGAUUCCAUUGUUGAGACAUGUUGUGGAGUUGUUGGUUUCUCUUAUCCCAAUGGAAUUUGGGGUGUUGAUGGAACAAGUUUCCAAUCAGACAAUUUCCUUAGCUUCUGUCAUGCUUGCAACAAGAAUCUUUCUCCAGGAAAAGACAUUUACAUGUACAGAGGGGAGAAAGCAUUUUGCAGCAAAGAAUGUAGGUACCAGGAGAUGAAGCUAGAGGAAGGGACAAAUCACCUAGAAUCCGAUGACAUAUUGGGGACUAGUAAAACCAGAUCAACAGCUUUUGGAUAAAUUUCGUCAGAUAAUGCUUUAGAAAAAAAAUGAUUUUCUUAUAUAAGGUGUUAGGAUGAUUAUUUUUUCAUCUACUAUGAAUAGUAGUACAAUCUUUCAUGGAGAACACCUAGAAGACAUGAUUUUGAUACUUAGAAGAAACAACGUCUUCUGCGAAGACACAAUUUUACACGCAUGUAUGAAGCUUGGAGAAGAUAUCAUGUCUUCUAAACUUUGUGAGAAGUCGUUAAGUUUUCGGGGCAACUUUCAUGAAGUAUCAUAACAUUCAUCAUAGAUGAGAAAAUAAUCACCCUAAUAUCUUGUAUUAGAAAAUUAUUUUUUCCUUAGCAUUAUCUGAUCAAUAUGUCGUAGCUUUUUCCUUAUAAACCAUGAUGAAAGUUGUUCAUCACUUUGUUUACAAAUUAGGCUAUUAGCUCACAGUGAAUCAUGGUUUAUGGUAAUUGUAGAAUUGGCUUUUCUUGCAAGUGAUAAUCUGGGGUUUUUGUC